CGGAGUCCUUAGUCUCCACUGAGACGCCGCUCGGCGCAGUUGAACGCGCGGAAUUCGUGUGCUCUAACGCAGUGUUUCGUUUGCUCACGGUUCGCCGUUUACUGACAUCGCAGUCUCUCUCGCAGUGUUUCCCAGAGCUUGUCAAGGUUAUAUCACAAGCUUGUCAGUCAGUCGCGGUGCUCCUCUCUCGGCCGGUUCUUGUGUCGACGCCACAGUUUUCGCCUGAUACAGAACGAAGUGAAGAAGCGUACCAAAAAAAGGCUGCGAACAUGAUGCACACCAUGAGCGAGCACGCCGGAGGGGCGGGUGGACUGGGUGUCAGCGUAUUGCCAUUCGACGGAAUGGGCCUUUACGAGCAGCGACGGCCCAGGUUUAUGUUCAAGGUGCCCAGAGUGGUCCCCGAUCAGAAGGGCAAGUUCGAGACCGACGAGCUUUUCAGGAGGCUCAGCAGAGAGAGCGAGGUCCGAUACACCGGUUUCCGGGACAGACCGGUCGAAGAACGUCGGGUACGCUUUCAAAAUGGCUGCCGAGAGGGCCACACCGAGAUCGCUUUCGCAGCGACCGGCACCAAUCUGCAACUCGUUUUUGGUAGCGCAUCCGGGAAUUAUGCGGUCGAUGCCAGCGAUUGCGACUUCGAGAAGGACUGUGGGAAGGUGCACCUUAGGGCGCAAAUGAUCCUGAACGGUGUCUGCGUGCUCUGGCGUGGCUGGAUCGACCUGGAGAGGCUGGACGGAGUCGGUUGCCUGGAAUUCGACGAGAAACGGGCCGCGGAGGAGGACGCGAUCCUCCGGGACCAGGUCGAGCGUUACAGUCAACGGCAACGGGACCUCGACGAGAAGCAGCGAGCCUACAGGAGCGGGGCGCCCCACUUGAACCACCACCACCAUCACCAUCACCACCACCACGGCCACCAUGGUCACCACGUGACCGCCGGGGCCGGCACCGGGGCCACCGGCGGCAUCGAGCCGCACCUGACCCAUCGGCAGGACCCGGAGAUGGAAGUCAGACUGAGAGCUUACUGAGGUACCGAGAAGCCAGCUAGCAAGACCUCAUGACUCUCCCCCGAUCCCGCGUCGCAACCUUCCAGGCUUCCCGGAAGCCUCGAGGAGGGAUCGAGCCGUUGGGUAGAUCGCGCCAAGGAUCAUCGUUCGCCUUGGAUCGGCGGCGAGAGGGUCAGACCGUUCGGUAUGUGAUCUCUCGGUGAUUCGAAGUGAUGAGAUCGGGUUCGGGGCGGGUGGCCCCUGCUCCCGAAGGAUCUGAAAGAUCCUGGAAAGUUACCGGAGCGCGGUGAAUUCUCUCUGAUUCAUCUGAAUCACUCGUUUGGAAACGACAGUGGACAAUUUGGGAGACGACGGUAUCAAAAUCCAGCCGCGAGGCUCGAAAGAUCGCGUCUCUUGCUCCCGAAUC